AUGUCGUCUCCUCCCAGCACCCCCACGCACCGCCCGACGUCGUCGCACCAUCGACACCCCUCCAGCCUGGACAUGUCCCUCAACACACAGUCGAGACGGCAGUCCUUCAACCGCCGCUCCUCGGGCUACUCGCCCAUAACGCCGCGCUCAUCGCAUGAAUUCGAACACAGCCCCGCACACCAAUUCGACGGCGGAGGAGACGGCAAUGGCCUGGGCAACCUGGCCGACGAACUCGGCGAGGUGUGGGACGACGACGAAGAAGAGGGCAUGGACGGCGAAUAUGGCGAGGAACUCGACGAAGCACACGACCAAAACAUCGGCACUGCUGUAGAACACGACGGCUCGUACGGCGUAGACAGCGCAGCCAGCCUCAACGGCGUACGGGAUAGUGGGGUUGCCAUGCAGGACUCAUCGCCCGCGCGCCUGAGCCCAGGGUCGGCCGUUAAGACGAAAAAGCACGCAAGGCAACGGUCGCUGUACGACGGCUCCGACUAUGGUGACGACUCGGACCUGGAGAACGAGGGCAUCUCGCCCGCGCUCGACGCGCGCAUGGCUGCGAUUGAGAGCCUGGCACGGAGAGGCAUCGAGGAGAACGGAAGCGCAUCAGACGAGGUAGUCAAGAGGGUCACGCAACAACUUCGCGAUCUCGGCAGCCAGAUCGCCAUGGAGAACGGCGCGACGAGGUUAAAGACUGCCCACGAAGCCCUGACAACGCAUCUGACACACCAGUCGCGUACUCUUACCUCCAUUGCCGUGUCCUUUUCAGGCCCAUUUGCCAUCCUUCCAGACCCAGAUGAUAUCGAAGAACUCCUCCCUAUCAUACAAUCCACACUGGAGCUACUGCCCCACCCUUCCGCUGAUCCGCUCGUCGCGCUCUCCCACCUCACCCACUCCAGCCGUGAGCUCAUCCAACACCUCUCAAACGUCAGCGAUACUCUACACAUGUCUCGACAAACGACAGCGAAUGCUGCUAGGCGGCUCAAGGUUAGCAAAGAACAGCUACAGGACUGGAAACGUGACAACGAGAAGACACAGGAAGGACAGGAAUAUAUCGAGCGCGGGGACUGGGACCGACGACUCAAGGAAAGGGAGGCAAAGCGGGCUUGCGCAAACGUGCUAGAUGGUUUCGAGGAUGUCUGUGGACAAUGGAGGAAGAGGCUCUGCGAAGGCUUAGGCGUUGCGAGCGAGUACAUCUCGGAUGACGAGGCAUACACUCGCCCUUCUUGGCUAAACUUCAGUAAAUCGCCGGAACCGCCGGUGGGGUUACAAGGCAUCUUAGCGAAGGUGUUCAAGAAGGCGGUCAACAAGUCCAGUACAGAUUCCAUGUUUCCAGAUUCCGGCGACGACAUGCUGAUGGAUGGCCACUAG